GGGGUCGGGCCCUGCAGAGAGCCCGCCAAGGGGAAGACAGCGGGAGGCCGGCCUGGAAGGAUGAGGAGCGGCCGCGGAGACUAACGCCGCCGCAGGAGGGGUUUGAGUUGGACGCUGGGAAGGAGCCCCAGGCUGCGAGGAGAUUUUAGGUGUGGCUGUCACUUGACGUACCACUUUUUGUGUGGGUAUCUCCUCAGUCCUGUGCUUCAGCUCUGUCUCCCAGUGCUGAGGAGCCGGGAGCCCGUUACACUGGGAGAAUGCUGACUCCCCUGGGCCAGCUCCGUUCGUCCUGCAGGUCCAGUGUGGAAGUGCAUGUGUAAAGGUCUCGAGGCCGAGGACGGCGACUUUGGCUCAGAAGCCCCAAGAUACCAGCCUGCUUGGCUCAUCCUUUUUGGGUCCUCUCUGGGAGGACCUGGCCACCGAAGGUCCCAGUGCUUCUCCCAGGGCUGGUGUCUGGGCCUUGUCACCUUCCCCAUCACCACCGCCUGAGCCCACCACAGGAGACCAGAGCAUUGAAGCCAGUGAUUUCUGUUUGGAAAUAGGGUCGUCUUCUGCUGCUGACCCCCAUCAAAUCCCAUCAUGCCCACAGCCCUGUGCCCCCGAGUCUUGGCUCCGAAGGAAAGUGAGGAGCCCAGGAAAAUGAGGAGCCCGCCAGGAGAGAGCCCUGGUCCCCAGGCGGAGCCUCCCAGCCCUGAGUCCUCCCGCCGUCUCUUCCGCCGGUUCCGCUAUCAGGAGGCGGCGGGCCCUCGCGAGGCCCUGCAGCGCCUCUGGGGCUUGUGCCGGGGCUGGCUGCGGCCCGAGCGGCACAGCAAGGAGCAGAUCCUGGAGCUGCUGGUGCUGGAGCAGUUCCUGGCCAUCCUGCCGCGUGAGAUCCAGGGCUGGGUGUGUGCCCAGGAGCCCGAGAGUGGGGAGCAGGCUGUGGCCGCCGUGGAGGCGCUGGAGCGGGAGCCGGGCAGACCUUGGCAGUGGCUCAAACACUGUGAAGACCCUGUGGUGAUUGACGAUGGGGACAGCCCUCCGGACCAGGAGCCCCAGCGGCUGCCAGCAGAGCCCCAGAGCCACCUUGCAAAGAGCCAGGACACUGUGCCUGCGGCCCUGCCUCAGGGCCUCGGACUCCAAAGCAGACCUGGCCAGCUCAGCGGGGACCCAGCCCCACAGGAGGCACCGCCGCUCCAGGAAGCCAGCUUCAGGGACCCACAGCAGAUGACCUCCCUCCAGCCACCCCUGAACCGGGUUUCCCCUUUCAAAGACAUGAUCUUCUGCUUCUCGGAGGAGGACUGGUCCCUUCUAGAUCCCGCCCAGACUGGCUUCUACGGGGAGUUCAUCAUCGGAGAGGACUGCGGGGUCUCACUGCCGCCUGAUGUCCCAGCUGCCCAGCUGGACCUCUCCCAGGAAGAAAACGAGCCACGUGUCCCGGAACUGCAGGACCCCCAGGAGAAGGGUGCUGCCCAGGCCUCUUACGCAGACUUUCCAAGUCUCCAGCCAUUCCAGGUCGAAGAAAGAAGAAAACGGGACGAGCUGCAGGUGCCAGAGUCCCAAGCCUGUCAGCAGGUAGUGCUUGCUCAGAGCACCUGCCCAGCCGGAGGUGACACACCGUCCCCCGCGAACGGUGUGGAUGAGGAGGUGACCAUCGAGAUCGUCCUGUCCAGCUCUGGGGAUGAGGACUCCCAGCUGGGCCCCUACUGCACUGAUGAGCGGCGGAGCCCCGUGGAGCCGCAGCACGGCCUCUCUGCCCCGCCACAGAGCGCUCCAGUGGGAGGCGGGGUGCAAACCUCUGGGAAGUCCUAUGUGUGUCCGAACUGCGGGAAGGCCUUUCGCUGGAGGGUCAACUUCGUCCGCCACCUGCGCAGCCGCAGAGAGCAGAAGCUGCACGAGUGCUCGGUGUGUGGGGAGCUGUUCAGUGACAGCGAGGACCUGGACGGGCACUUGGAGGCCCAUGAGGCCCAGAAACCUUUCCAGUGCGGUGCCUGCGGGAAGAGCUUCCGCCUCAACUCGCACCUGCUCUGCCACAGGCGGGUGCACCUGCCGCUGGGGGACAGCGAGCAGGGCCCGGCAGGGCCUGCGGGCGGGGGUCCGGACCCCGAUGCGCUGCUAGCAGAGGGCCGGACGCGGCUGAAUGUCCAGUGCCGUGACUGCAGGAAGGUGUUCCAGCGGCCCGAACACCUGGCCCGGCAUCGCAGCACCGCUCACAGGAAGGAUGAGGGGCGGCCCUUCCGCUGCCGGUACUGCGUCAAAAGCUUCUCACACAACUCCGACCUCCUGCGCCACCAGCGCCUGCACAUGAAGCGCCGCUCCAAGCAGGCACUGAACUCCUACUGAGAGGUCUCUCCCUGCCCGCAAGAAGUGCAGACCCAGGACUGACCUUGUUCUCCUGUCCCGCACUCUCAGGUAGAAACGAGAUAGUGGCCAACUGAGCUCUCUUCUUCCCAGGAAAGAGGAGAGGGCUGUCACCACCAGCUUUGACACCCUGUUUCCAGUGGGAGAGAACCCGACCCAGGGCUCCCGGAGCGGGCAGAGGGUCGCGGUGACCCCUUGGCGUCUGCUGUUUGCCGGACUUACCACACUCCAUUCCAAGGUUCCAGGAUAACUGCACUUACCUCUGACGACCAGGAGCUGUGUUGGGGUGCUGGGCAGAGCAGGGUGGGGAGGCAGCAGUGCAGGUGGGGACGGGGCGGGGCACAACAAGCCUGCAGUCAUCAGUGGUUCCAGUUCCUGUCACCGUCCAACCCAAGGAACACCUGCAAUUACCAGGUGGCCCUUCACGGGCGAGCCAUGUGAGGGGAAGCAUAUCACACCCUUUAGUUGUGAUGGUAGCUGCUUGUUAGGGGUCCUGAGCUCACCAAGAGCGAUGCCCACAUUUUAAACGAUAUGUUCCACCCCCUGCCCAGAUGUUUCUUAGUACCUGAAUGUGGUAGUACCUGAAUGUGGGCUGGGAGCCCAGUUGUCAUCACUUGAAAGGCACUUAAGUUGUGUGGGGUUUGAGAGCUCAGCCUGGGAGUGAGGAAUUCUGUCAGGGAGCAGGCCAGAGUGAACCUCCUGUGAGGGUGAGCUGUGUGUGUCUGUUAACCUAGCCUGUGGUUCUGCCCAUUCAUCAGGGCUUCCUCAACAAAGUACCCAAAACAUAGUGGCUCAGAACAAAGAAGCACCUUGAGAACCGAGGCUGGAAGUCCAAGAUUGAGGGCAGGUUGAUUCCCUGUGGAGAGGUGCUGUCUGAGCCUCCCCCUGGCUUUUGGUGGUUGCUGGCACCUGAUGAUUUUCCUUGUAGAGGUGUCACCCCACCCCCCCACCUUCAUCUUCAUGUGAUGUCCCUGUGGUCGUGUCUGUCCUUAAGUUCUCCCUUUUUGUAAGGACACCAGCCAUAUUGGGUCAGGCCCCCAGCCUGCUUAGCCAGUCAGUCACAUCUACAGUGACUGAAUGAGUACCUAGGGAAAGCUGUGUGUUCUGACAUCCUGAGAUUAGGGUGCACAUGGGUCUGGCAGGAGGGAACACCAUUCUACCCGCAGCCCCAGGCAGCCUUGGGACAUGGCCUUUCUCCCCAGCUGGCAGACGCAUCCACACAGGGCAGCCUGCCCCCACCCCACCCAAGCGACCUUCACACCCAAGUCGCUACUUCCCGGCUAGGAGUCUUUGUCACAGUAGCGUUGCAGCUUGUGGCUUGGACCUCUAGACCGGGGGUGACUGUUGGCAGUGGAACCUCCAGCAGUGGGAGCCGUGGUCUCACUGGCAGGCAACUUUGGCAGGCAGCAAGGUUCCUCAUCACUUAUGUCAUUGUCACAUUGAGACACCACUGCUACAAACCCAGUGGAAGAGCCACAAGAUUGUAUAAUUCUGAUGACUGUGCCUGUGUAGAUGCAACUACACACUCAGGAGCAGUAAAUGCAAUAAAACUGGUCAAACCCUGAACAAGAAAUAAAUGUUGGGGCUCUGUUUCUAAA